UAAACACAGCAAUGUGUUUGUUUUCGUCAGUCAGCACAAUGCCCGUCAUAAGUUUAGAUUUCAGUUGAGUGCACUUGAACAGCUUAAUAGGAGAGGGAAGGACCGUUCUGUGAAGCAAAAGUGGACGUCUGCCAGGCAAGGGAACAGGUGUCCUGUGAGGUGAAGGGGAGAGGCCGCCCCUAGAGGCAGCGGGCAUGGCAGAGCGAGAAGAGAAGGGCGGUGGGUCGUCCACGAAGAAACCUGGCCUGGUUUCUUUUCUCACAGGGAAGCCCAUCAAAAUCCCUGAGAACCACUUGUUUGGAAAAUGCCGUUUUGUUGGGGAAUUUGAGAAGCUUAAUCGUAUAGGAGAAGGAACAUAUGGAGUAGUCUAUAGGGCAAGGGAUACCAAGACAAAUGAAAUUGUAGCAUUAAAGAAGAUGCGAAUGGAGAAGGAGAAAGAUGGAAUGCCAAUAUCAGGACUGAGAGAGAUUAUGCUUCUGCAGUCUUGCAAUCAUCCAAACACUGUUUGCUUAAAGGAGGUUGUUGUUGGAAGGAGCUUAGAGAGCAUAUUCCUUGUGAUGGAAUACUGUGAACAGGAUCUGGCCAGCUUGCUUGACAAUAUGCAAAUACCAUUUAUGGAAGCACAAGUAAAAUGCAUUAUGAUACAGGUUUUUAAAGGCUUGGCAUAUCUUCAUCGCAAAGAGAUUGUCCACAGAGAUGUGAAAGUGUCAAACUUGCUUCUCACAAACCAGGGAACAAUAAAAAUAGCUGAUUUUGGAUUGGCACGUGAAUUGGGGUAUCCAAUGUCACCAAUGACCCCACAGGUUGUGACUCUGUGGUAUCGUGCUCCUGAGCUGCUCUUCCAGGCUAAGACACAGACAACAGGAGUCGACAUGUGGGCAGCUGGAUGCAUCCUUGGGGAACUUCUGCUACACAAGCCACUGCUCCCGGGGAAGUCGGAAAUAGAACAAAUCAAUCUGAUCAUAAAUCUUUUAGGAACACCAAAUGACAACAUAUGGCCGACUUUUUCACAAUUACCAGCAAUAGAAAAUUUCACUUUGAAACCACAACCCUACAACAAUUUGAAGACCAAGUUUCCUAUGCUGUCAUCCUCAGGGCACCGUCUUCUAAACUUUUUAUUUAUGUAUGACCCAAAGCGAAGAGCAACAGCUGAAGAAUGUCUAGAGAGUUCCUAUUUUAAAGAGCAUCCUCUUCCAUGUGACCCACGAAUGAUGCCAACCUUCCCCCAGCAUCGCAACCUCAAGCAGCAACAGCAACAGCAGGUGCCACAGAUACCUCCUGCACAGCUGAAUCUUGGCUACAAUCAAAUGUUUGCUCCACAAGGGCCAAACUUCGGACCACCAGAGCACCAUCAUUUGGAUGCUGUUAAUGCACCAAAAAUUGGAAUACAUGAGAUGCUGGGCCCAUUAAGCAGGAAGUAAUAUACAUAUAUUUUUUAUGUGUCACUGUCAUGUAAGGUUAUAUUCAAAUGAUUAUAGAACUGAAGCAUUGUAAUUGAUAUCACAUAAAUAUUGUUGAUUUUCUUU